AACAAAAGAUGCAGGCAUAAAGUUCACCUUGGGUAGGGUAACAUAGUCAAAACAAUCCUAUCUUUCAAAGCCUGAAGGUAUUGCUCUGUCAGGCAUUAACAAGUCACUUUUAAAUUAAUGUCACUAUUUCCUAAUUAAUCAUAUAGUUUUGGCAUUGCUCAAAACUAAAUAGCAAUCAAGUAGAAGCACAAAAUCAAGCAAUGUUACUCGCUGGUGUUGCUAGUUUGAUUGUAUAUUCAAGAGAAACAGUAACAGAUAAUCAGAUUCAGAAUACUCCAAGUCUUGCAAAAGUGUGGAACGUAUUGGAAGUUCGGAUUCUGGUUGCCCUUAGUCUCUACAUGCAAAUAGUACUCAUCUUUUUGGGUAACAGAAGGAAGUAUAUAGCUAAUAUAUGGCUGCAAUUGUUGAACUGGCUCACCUAUUUGUCAGCUGAUUGGACUGCUACCCUUGCUCUAGGAGUUCUUUCCAAAGAUCAUAAGACAGACCCUAACUUCGUAAUUAUGGCCAUUUGGGCACCAUUUCUCCUUGUGCAUCUUGGUGGUCCUGACACAAUUACCGCCUACUCUCUUGAGGACAAUGAGCUUUGGUAUCGACAUAUGCUUGUGUUACUCUCCCAGCUAACAGUUGCAGUUUAUGUUGUUUACCGGUCAUGGAACGGAAGCCCCCUUAAUUAUGUCAACAUUCCAAUUUUUGUGGCCGGAAUAGUCAAAUAUGGUGAAAGGAGUUGGUCUUUGUGGUCUGGAAGCAGCAAAGGAUUCAGGGAAUCCAUUCUACCUCCUCCGGACCCAGGACCAAAUUAUGCCAAGUUCAUGGACGAUUACACUGCUAAAAAAGAUGAAGGAUAUCAUGUUACAUUAGAAGAAGUUGAUGAAACUACUCCCUCAUUAUUGGAACAUAAUUAUCAAGGGGAAACCAAAAUUCCAAAUCCAAAUAUUCCACAUGCGCGAGCUUUACACGAUGGAUUAAAAUUCUACAAAAUUCCUGAGUGCCUAUUUGCAGAUCUCAUCCUUAGUUUUCAAGACCACAAAACCAGCCAAUUAUUUUUUCAGAACAUGGAUUGGGAACAUGCUUUUGAAGUAAUUGCAGUUGAGCUAGGAUUGGUGUAUGAUAUGCUAUAUACAAAGGCAGUGUUAACAUACUCCAAACGCGGAAUCUUCCUUAAAUCUGUGAGCUUUUUCUGUACGCUCUUUGCACUGAUUAGCUUUUCUUUUCUGAUAUAUAAAGGAGACGUAAACCAACAUGACCUACACUUAAAUUAUGACCACAUUAUCACCAUUUUGCUUUUUACUGGGGCUAUUAUUUUGGAGAUAUAUGCAGUCAUUGUUUUACUUUCUUCAAGUCGGGCAAUGUUUUGGUUCAGCAACCAUAAUAGUCGGAGAAUUCAUCUUCUCUACAAAUUCAUCUCAUGCUUUCAAUUUUUUUUAAACUUUCACACACUGUCACGUGGUCUAAUCUUAUGUCACAAUUCAACCUCGUUAGAUUUUGUGAAAGACGAGCCAGUCAAAUGUAUUGAAAUCCAGAAAUUCCUUCGCAUCUAUAACUUCUUCGAGAAGUUUUACUACAAAAAAACACAUGAGGUCUGUCCCGAAUUGAGAAAACUCAUUUUUGACCAACUAAUGGAGAAGUCUAAGGAAGCAACAGAUGUUAGAGCAUGUAAAAAGUUAUGCUCUCAAAAGGGUGAUCAAGUUCUUGACAAAUGGAACUGUCAUGUUCAAGACAUUAACCGGAGCAUUAGAGAGGUAGAGUUUGACCAGAGCAUUCUCCUUUGGCAUAUUGCUACAGAUCUUUGUAAUUCUUCCGAUGAUAAUGAGCCUCAAAACUUAAACCCCGCUACUCUCCAAAGUCGCUAUACAAGUCAAUUGUUGUCAGAUUAUAUGAUAUAUCUUCUUGUUAUAUGUCCUUUUUUGUUGCCCAAUGGAAUAGGACAGAUCAGAUUUGAAGACACAUGUGCGGAGGUGGGUGAACUUUUGAAAGAGAGAAAAUACAUAAAAGAAAGAAGUCAAGUUUGCAAGAUGAUACUUAGAGUGAAUACAUCUAUUCCGCCAUCAGAGGUUAAAGGUGACAGAAGCAAGUCUGUGCUGUUUGAUGCAUGUAGGCUUGCUAAAUCAUUGCAAUCUUUAGAAACAGAGGAGAAUUGGUCUAAAGAACAGAAAUGGGAAAUGAUAAGUCAUGUUUGGGUGGAGAUGCUGUGUCAUGCAGCAAGUCAAUGUAGAGGGCUUCAUCAUGCUAGGCAACUUAGCCAGGGUGGUGAGUUGCUUACCCAUGUCUGGCUUUUGAUGGCUCAUUUAGGCAUAACUGAACAAUUCCAGAUUUCUAAGGGUCAUGUAAGGGCAAAGUUGAAGCUCUCAUAAAGUGUUUGGUGAGUAAUUAAGCGUUCUUGUUACUUAUGUCUUUUUUGUGUGCCUUCCCAUUUUGGCUUUAACUAAUGUGAUGAUGUAAUAUUGAAAUUUGGUUAGUAGUUUGUUGCAUAUGUAAAACCUGGUUGUGUAAGACACUUUAAAAUGAUGAACUGUUUGUGACUACCGACUUUAAAAUGAUGAACGUUACUACUGCCUUA